GGACUGGGCAGUGGCCAUUCAUAUGGGGAAAGAGUUUGGUGCUUUACUGCCUUUGGAAAAGGAAUGCCUGCAGCACAGAGAACAAGCACUAUGGAGCUGUUGGGAAGAGUCCUCCUCUCUGUGGCUUUGUUGACCCUCUGCUGUGUCCACGGUAAUGGAGACAUGAAUACAACAACCAGCAAGGCCCAAACAACUCCUGGAUCAACCACAACUAUCUCAGCAACUGCAGCAAGCCAAGAAACCUCUUCCUCUUCCAGGACCACAAGCAAAGCUGAAACUGCAGGUAAUACGACAACUACUGCGAAUUCUUCAGCAAUAGUCCGACCAACACAGGCCUCUGCACAUGGGUCACUAUCAACACCCAACAACACAGCAAGCACAGGGACAGCUGAAUCACCAGCACUGAGCUCUGUGACUUCAUCUCACUUGGCUCUAAGAACUCCUGAUCAACAUAACAAGACAGCGACGACAACAAGGGCACUGCCCAGCGAGAAGGCCACUCAGAGAAGCAUACAAGACACGCUUCAAAAAGUAACUGAAGUUCCAACUGAAAGCAACACUGCAAAUGCACACGCUGAAAAACAGGAUCACCCCUCUUAUACCACCAUUAUUUUGCCGGUCAUCAUUGCCUUGAUAGUCAUAUCCCUUUCCGUAUUCCUUCUGGUGACUUUGUACAGAAUGUGCUUGAAGACAACUCCAGAGAGACAAGAAAACGGAACUGAACAAGCCCCAUCGGAUAAAGAGAAUGUGAAGCUUAUUUCCGUGAAGACAACUUCUCCAGAAAAUGGCGAUCAGGCUUCUCAAGGGAAGAAUAGAACUCGGCAGCAGAAUGAUUCGUCUUCUUCACACCUUGGCAACAAACGGGCGUGAAGCCAUCCAGUUUCAUGAAUUCCUCCUGGAAGGAGUCACUCACCAAAGCGGACAUUCCAAUGGAGCAGGGUGGAUUCAUGGUGUCUCCACAUCUACAGACAGAAUGUGCACACUUACUUCAUAAUAGUUUUAUCUACAAAUUGCCACUUUCCCCCCUUAUAUGCCUGCUGUUUUUAUAUUUUUUUAUAGUGGCUCUGUUAACUGGUGUAUAGUACAUAUUUAUUGAUUUCCCCGUAUGUAAAAGCACUGAAAUGUUCACAUUUUAUAAUACUAAUGUUAAAUCGAUAUUUGACUGUUGGUGAGAAAUUCUGUAUAAAUAAAAAAUGUUCUGCCUGUAAAGGGGGGGAAAGUUAAUACA